UAAAACAGGCCUUUUCUACAGGCGCCUCUCAUCCGGCUAAAUAGCGUCUACACUGUAUAAUAAUAUGUAUAUGAAUGUCUUUUUUUUUCUCUUCAUAAUUUUUAUUACAUAUAUCUUUUCCUAUACAUCAUCGUGACCUGUCACAGCAGGCGCUCUUUGCUAUGAGCUCGACGGGUUGAGGGGGACUGGUGGUUCAUUUCACUGUUGUCUGCUUUUAGAGAAAAACGGGCAUCAAUUUUUCCCAUUAUAUCCUAGUGAUAUUUGGGCUCAUAUUCUCUGCGACAUAUGCCGGUUUGGCUGUUUGGGGUCACAUUUGGCACCAGACACGGUGUGUAUGUACUAGGACAGCAGCUACAAUGUCAGGCCAAUCACCAGCCCGAUGUUUUCAGAAGCUUUCAAGAUUCUUUGGAAUUGUACUGGGGGCUCUUUCAGCUCUAUUGUAUUCUGUCAGCCUCGUUCUGUUCAAGAAGGUGGAAGGAAUGGGGUCCUCCGAGAUUGUAUGUAUCAGAUCGCUCGUGACCGUGAUAUUUGCGGCAGCCUACCUACUAUUAAAAGGGGAACCGCCAAUCAUACUAAAAAACCGAUACGCUUGGAUACUUGGAAUGACAAGUAUUUUCGUCAACUACUUAUAUUUCGCAGCCGUGCUUCACCUUAGUUUUGGUGAUGUAAAUGCAAUAUUGUAUUCGUCUCCCGUCAUCAUUGGAAUCCUGGCAUAUUUCAUUCUCAAAGAACCAUUCGGGAUAUUCGAUUUUGUAAUAACAGUUGUAAUGGUGUUAGGAGUUAUUUUCGUUGUUCAACCAACGUUUCUUAAAACGCUGUUUCAUAUGAACGGAGGCGUUCUUCAUCCCAACAGAAGCGGAAUUCAACACGGCAGUGCCAAUGAUAAAAACUGCACUGAUAUCGUCGGCAACCUGACAGCAGUCGACUGUCGUAAUCGCUCCGAAACCUCCUUCAACGACAGUGGCUUUCAGUUACAAAGGAUCUAUGCUUCAAUAUUUGCAAUCGCGGCGACCAUAAUCUCUGCCGUGAGUUAUAUCAUUCGGAAGAAAUUAACAGAUAUCAACCCAACGAUAAUAGUAUGUCAGGUCAACUUGGUUAUGUUCAUAUGUGGACUCCCAAUAGUCUCAGUAAUCGAGAGGUGGAGAUUUCCGGGAGAGGUUGCCCCGUGGUUAUGGACAAUGGCAUCCACGCUCACGAAUCUGUUCGCUCAGGUCUCAUAUCAGUUAGCCCUGAGGUACGACACGGCUACAGCAGUGGCGAUUGCCCGAACGUCUGAGAUACCAAUCGCAUAUGUCAUGCAGAUCAUAAUCUUUCAUGAUAUCCCGAAUGCGCUGAGCAUGUCAGGCGCCGUAUUGGUGAUAGGCGCGGUUUUUGUGUAUUGCUGCAGACGAUAUUUGAAAGAAAGAAAAAAAACAAAACAAGUGAUGAAGGGACUUCUUGAAGACGAGUGUACAACAGUAGAACUGGAGAUGAAGGGACUUCUUGAAGACGAAUGUACAGCAGAACAGGAGAUGAAAGGACUUCUUGAGGACGAAUGUAUAACAGAACUGGACAUGAAAGGACUUAUCUUAUGACGAAUGUAUACCAUAACUGGAGAUGAAAGGACUUCUUGUAGACGAAUGAACAACAAAACAGGAGAUGGUAAGGAUUUAUCUUAUGACGAAUGUACAACAGAACCGGAAAUGAAAGGACUUAUCUUAUGACGAAUGUAUAACAGAACAGGAGAUGAAUGGGCUUCUUGAAGACGAAUGUACGACAGAACAGGAGAUGAAUGGACUUCUUGAAGACGAAUGUACAACAGAACAGGAGAUGAAUGGGCUUCUUGAAGACGAAUGUACGACAGAACAGGAGAUGAAUGGACUUCUUGAAGACGAAUGUACAACAGAACAGGAGAUGAAAGGACUUCUUGAAGACGAAUGUACAACAGAACAGGAGAUGAAUGGACUUCUUGAAGACGAGUGUACAACAGAACAGGAGAUGAAAGGACUUCUUGAAGACGAAUGUACAACAGAACAGGAGAUGAAAGGACUUCUUGAAGACGAAUGUACAACAGAACUUGAGAUGAAUGGACUUCUUGAAGACGAAUAUACAACUAGGAGAUGAGUGGACUUCUUGAAGGCGAGUGUACAACAGAACAUGAGAUGAAAGGACUUCUUGAAGACGAAUAUACAACUGGGAGAUAAGUGGACUUCUUGAAGGCGAGUGUACAGCAGUAUUACAGGAGAUGAAGGCAUUUUUGAAGACAAAUAUAUAACAGUACUGGAUAUGGACGCAUUUCUUGAUGACAUCAAUGUUUAUCAGAUGACAACGUCUGGUAAAUGGAAAACAAUGGUGUGCUUUUCCGUGGAUCUUAUGGCUUUGAGUGACAGACGGAUUCCGAUGCUUUGACAAAUCUUUGUUGAACUACGCUGUCGCUGAUGACUUAAGCACUCCUGAAUAUCUACUGCUGCCUUUUCCAAAGUAAUUUUCACUGUCCUUUUGGGCCGCUGUGCAAAACUCCUUGGCCACGUUUUAGGAUACAAGAGGAUUUCAGUAACCAUGGUUACAUCUGUUAUUUAUUCGUGUACUUUCAUGUACAUGUAGUUCAUUUACAAGUUGUUUGUUUAAAACUUGCAACGAGCCAAAUUAUUAGUGGGCCGAUGUGAAUAAUGUUGCAUUUUUAAUUCAUGCAUAGACAAACCGUUUUUAUUACAUCUAAACCUUAUGUUCAAAUUCAUGUUUUGAAUGUGUUAUUGGUUCGUUCACUUUGCAUAUUGGCUUUGUAUGUGCAUGCUGCAAUGACCCUGCCACCUGUUAUCACAACCAACAGCAAGUCUAAUCGCCGUGCCGUGCAACAUUUUAUUCAUCAGAAAUUGGAUCGCUUUUGCCGUUUUAAUUAAAAUUUCUGGCAUUGGUGCAAGUAUUAAGCUUGGUACAUCGAUGUUUGCUGGUUGUACUGGGCGCUCACGCAGUCGGCUCUCUUUAUACCUGGUGACCCACGCCGACUACCGAUGAGUUUCUGGUACGUUCGGUCGCGAAUACGUAUUGAGGCUUCAUGUCCGUCUUGUGAAUGAUGUUUGGCCCAACCUGAUCAGGUUGGCAACCAUUACUCAUUUUUCAAUGUUGUUUUUCAGAUAUCUAAAGAGCAGUUCCUUAACUUUUUACACAACUUUUUUUAGUAGUGUACUUGCUUUUGGUGGCCCACUCGAGAAUAGUAGACAAUAAGCAUGCUGCUUUGUUCAGCGACCAUGUGUGACCCUCGCACUCGGCCUGCUUCUCACUGCCCGGAAGAAAGGUUCAAUGAUUAUACCAACAAAUAGGCCUUAAGUUGCUCCCUGCUGUCUCAACUGCCUGUCUACGAGAUAUCCUUUCCUACAUCUUGUAAAAACCCAUUGCCUCCAUGACGAUUGACAUAACGCAGCAAAACCUAACUGGUAUGAUAAAUUCAACUUAACGAUAAUGUCCCCUGAUCAAAGAGAUGGUUUUUUUUAAAAAACUAAAACAAUAUCGAUUGAAUCAAGUCGAAAGUGUGUAUAAACAAAGUUCAACGGUUCAGAUAUUGCAAAGAGUCGACACAAUGUAGAGGAUCAGAGGAAUAUUGAAGAAAUUGCUCGGGGCUACUGCACAUGUGUAGGGAAACCUUUUGUCGGGUGUAGUAUAUGUACGCUAAAUAGUUAUAGAUGUAGAGUACGAGAUGCAAUGGGAUGCAUCCACCACGGUUGUUGACCGCAAAGCUUUGCUUGAUCGUCAUUGAGAUGUGACUAUGUGUGCUGCAUGGAUCGAGCAAUGAGAUCCGUGGUAUUCCUUGAAGCCGUAUUCCCUGGGUUAAUGUGUAAAAUCAUGGACGGCCAAGGCCUAUUGUACUGAUUGUACCUAGUCUCUGUUGAGUGUGAAUAAACAUAUAUAC